CCCCUCCUCUUUGGGGGACAGUGGGUGACGGUGCGAGCGUCAGCGGUGCGCUUCUGAGCCCUCAAAGCUCUGACGACUGGCGGCUAGUUCCUGGAGGUUCCUCCCGGCAGGUGAGGAGCCGCACUGGAUAUCAAUGGAUAUUAUAAAGGGGAACUUGGAUGGAAUUUCAAAACCAGCCUCAAAUUCAAGAGCACGUUCUGGGAGCAGAUGUUCAACGGCUUCUUUGGAGGUGCUCUCACCAGAGCCAGUCUUCUUCAAGAUUGACACUGCAAUCAAGUUGAACUCUGAUAAAGAGCGCCACUCAGAAAGUAGUAAUACAGAGGAAAGUAGAGACAGUAAUGAUGAUAAAGGGGAAAACUCUGAGAAUAUAGGACUGGCUGAAGAGGGGUCACAUGAAGAUUUGAACUUGGUUCAACAUCAGAUCGUCUCUAAAUGUUCAGAUGAACCCAAAUUAAAAGAAUUAGAUUCUCAACUUCAAGAUGCUAUUCAGAAAAUGAACAGGCUUGAUAAAGUGCUGGUGAAGAGACAAAACAGAGAAAAAGAAGUUAAGAAGCAAGGCCUAGAAAUGAGAAUCAAGCUGUGGGAAGACCUCAAGUCUGCAAAAAAUAGUGAGGCUUUGCCAAGUAAGGAGGAAAUGGAAAAUACAAAGAAGUUUCUAGCUUUGACUGCUGUAUCAGAACAAACUGUUGAUCCUUCUCACUAUGAGCGUGAAGACACCUGUAUCUCAGUGUUUCAUACUCAGGUCCCUCCAGAAGACUAUGAAAACCAUAUACAGUGUGUCAAUCAAGAUUUUACCUGUGAUGUGGAAAGAAAUGAGUCACUGAUCAAAGCAGAAAAGAGACCUUUCUCAAAUACAGAAAAGAUUGAGCUCAGGGGUAAACACAGCCAGGAUUUUAUUAAGCGAAAUAUUGAGUUGGCCAAGAAUUCAGGAAAACUAGAGGUUCUGGUUGACAGAGAGAAGAAGAGGCUGAUGGAACUUUUGAAGGACUUAGAUGACAGAGAUUCUGGGUUGUCCAGUUCCGAGGGCGAUCAGUCUGGCUGGCUGGUUCCAGGGGAAGGCUACACACUUGCAGUCACUCAGCAUCAGCAGCUUGCCGAAAUUGACACAAAACUCCAAGAACUCUCUGCUGCCUCCCCAACAAUGUCCAGCUUUUCUCCAAGUCUUGAACAUCAGACUGACCAGGAACAUGACCUUAAUGAUGAUGAUAGAAAUAUGGAAAUAACUCCAGGGGAAAAGGCACUUCGGAACACCAAAGAGCAACGGGAUCAGCAAAAUCGGCUGAGAGAGAUAGAUGAAAAGCUGAGAAAGCUGAAGGAAAAUGUGUUAGAUUCAACAUCACUUCUCUCUGAGGACCAGUUAAGGAGUCUUCUGGAUGAGUGCACAUCCAAACGAAAAACCACAACUGGACUUUCUUCAGAAAGAGAAAAGAAAGAUGUUGAGGAUGUAACACCUGAGUCCCCCCAGCUUUCCGGAUCUGUCCUCUCUGAGUUAAUAAUUGAGUCAGAAACAAAGGCCGAAUGCACAGAGGUGGGAGGUGCAACUAUGCCCGAGAAUGCAGAGUGUGACACAUCCAGGGGCUACUAUCUCAGCAAAGCCCUGACUGGACAUUAUGUGUCACAGGCUCUUGUCAUUGAAGCCGAGAAUAUGAAAUGCCUCCAGUUUCCCAAGGACGAGGUUAUUAGUGACAUAGAGGACUAUUUUAUGUCGAAGACCCUUGGCAUUGGAAGACUGAGAAGGCCUUCUUUUUUGGAUGAUCCACUGUACGGCAUCGAUGUGAGCCUUUUAUCUGAAGACCAACAUCUGAAACUCAGCCCUUCAGAGAAACCAAAAACUGAUGAACAGGAGACCGAAGAUGUGGCGGAAGAAUGUAAAGAAUCUUAAGCAAAGACCUGCUGGGAUAUGCUUUAAGAAAGUUGGUAAACUAAGUUAAAUUAUACCUUUUCUGAUUCUUUGAAUUCAACAGACCAUUCCUCAAAUAAUGAUUUUAAUAUUUGGACACUCUCUUUCUGGAAUGCAUUUCUUUGAUAGUUUUGAGACUUGCGGUAUUAUGGUUUUCUUUAUUGAAAUUCCUGGGAAAAUUGUUUUUUAUUGCUAAUCUCUCAACAUCGGGGAUACAUUAUAGAAACCAACAUUUUUUUGUAUAUGUGCUGUUUUAAAACUAGUCGACGUACUGAUUGUUCUAUAUUUGAUUUUAUGUGUUACAACCUUAACUGUGAUUCAGGCAGAUUUAAUCACUAUGAAUGUUUGUUUUUGGCCCGGACUUUCCUUCUUUCCUCCAAUCUAAUGCCUGUUAAGUACAACUUGCCAUAGGAAUAAAUGAAUUUGCUCAACAGAGCAAUGCUAAGGUAGGCUUGACUAUCUUAUUAGCAAUGAUACUUUUCUCUAGCAGGAGUUUGAAUUAUUUGAUAUAUUACUUUAAGUUUGUUAUCUUUUAGAGUUUAUCUUUUAGAAUGCAGCAAAUAAAGAUCAGCUACUUUAAAAAUACCUCAUGAUUCUAUUAUAAGAGAGAGAGUAUGUCUAGUUACAAGUCAGUAACCUGGAUUCAUGAGAAAAUUUCAUGCCAACACUCCAUAGGACGAAUUGGUGUUAGAACCAGAAGUC